CACAAUGCUUCUUUACCUUACCUUACAAAGCCCCCGUAUUACACACAAGACAAAACCCACAACCAGCAAAUUAAGCUUGUAACUAAGUACGUAUAUAUCUUCUUCCUCCCCAUGGCCACUGCAGCUCCGCCAUCCUCAACACUUUCAAACCUAGCAAACUUGUUGCCCACAGGCACUGUCCUGGUUUUCAAAGCCCUGAUACCUUCCUUCUCCAACAGUGGCAAAUGUGUACUUGCCAAUAAGUACCUUACCAUUGCACUCAUUUUCUGCUGUUCUCUCACAUGUUUCCUCUCCUCCUUCACUGACAGCUUCCUUGGUAAUGACGGAAAGCUUUACUAUGGUAUUGCCACUCCGUCCGGCCUCUACAUCUUCAACGAUGACCCCAACGAUGGCCUCAACCUGGGAAAAGAUGAGAGGAUGAGGAAGGAAUUGAGGAAGUACAGGCUGUCUUUCACGGACUUUGUGCAUGCAUUUGUGUCGUUUGUUGUCUUCUUGGUGGUUUCCUUCAGCAGUUUGGACGUGCAGCGUUGUUUCUUCCUUAAAGAGGGGACAAAUUUGGAGGAGCUAUUUAAGUAUCUUCCGCUGGGAGUGGGAGCGUUUGCGAGCGCUCUUUUCACGAUUUUUCCAACAAGGCGGAGAGGGAUUGGCUAUGGAGAUGUAGCGCGGGGGGCUGGGACUGGGGCUGUUGAAGAAAAGGAACUAAAGAAGCAGGAAACGGUGAAUGGGAAAGGAAAAGAAAGGGGAGGAGUACAUGAGAAUGAGUGGGAAACGAAAGGAAAUAAUGGACCGUCUCGCACAAGUAUAGAGCUUGCAUCCGUCAGUCAUGUUAAUGAUCGUGUUGAAGAUAUCAGUUAACAGCAGUUAUGUUUUUUUAAUUUGUAACUGGUUUUUUGUUUUCUGCAGUUAGUUCUACAAGUUAGCUGCAUUAGGAGUAGUUAUUUUUAUCCUUUAUGUAAAAAUUGUAAUGUAUAAGUUGCAGAUAUUCAGCAACUCUUUUUGUAUGUCAGUUAUCAAUCUGAAAUGAAGUAGAGCUCCACAU